CUCAAACAUCGCAGCCAUCAGCGAAUCGGCGGCCGCUUUUUUCCCAAACUCGUUGCGAGCUCCAGGAACACCAAAACCGACAUCGUAGGACAGAUCAACCAUGGCCUUCCGAGGACGUCAGAUUCGCGCAGCCAGCGUUUUGCUUCUGGCCAUGCUGGCCAUGCUUGCAGUUCCGACAUGCUUCACGGGGGUCGUGCCGUCCAGGACCAGGGGCACAACUGCCGUCCGUGGUGAGGCCGCCGGCUCGAGCUCAAGCUCGAGCAGCUCCACGGCCUUGGUGAAGGUGACCCCGGAGAACAGCAUCGCCACUGCCGGUGUCCUGGGCGGUGUGACCGGCCUCCUGCUGGGUGGCUUCUGGAUUGGUGCAGCUGGUUUUGUGGCAACCUCCUAUUUGGCCAAAAAGGAGGAGUCUGAUGUGGCCACUGUGCUGAAGGGCGUCUCCAGUGCUUCCCUGGAGGCCCUGAACUAUGUGGACUACCUGAACAAGAAGUACGAAGUCACCAACAAGGUGGGCUCUGCCCUCAACGAUGCCUUGGAUGCCAACUCAGACAAGGAUUCGACGUCUUCCGUCAAAACCACCUUCAACUCGGUGGGUGAUGCCAUUGACAGCUUCGACAAGGAUGUGGGCAUCAAGGACACUUUGGGCGGCUUGCUCCUGGCCGGCACUGACCUGGCGAACCAAUUGGCGAAGAAGGUGGUUGAACUGAACAGCGAGUACAAGGUGACCGACCAGAUCAAAGCCAAGAUUGAUGAGUCCUUGGAGAAGGCCAAGUGAAGGGCGGUCAGCUGAGACAGCAACUGGGGUAGACCUGGAAAGAGGUCGGUUUUGAGCAAAACUGCAUCAGGUGUUUAGAGAAUAAGCUAAGAGCACUAAUUGAGGAGCUCCAUCCGGUGACCCGCAAAACUGCAUCGUUC